AUUUAGUUAAUCGAUUUUGUGUCCCAUAAUUAUUUCCUUCUGGUCCAAUCCUCACAGCUGCAGCUUGUGCAGCAAGGACAUCACUGGUGGCUCGUACUGUCAGACAUUCGGCAUAAUCGCCAUCCAUCAGCAGUGCUGCAUGUGUGCAGUGUGUAACACGCGGCCAGCCGCAACGGACGCCUUGUUUAUGCAGCCCAACGCCGUGAUGAAAUGCUUCUGGUGUGCCAGUGGUACUACAACACCAGCCACUGAGCGAGAUUCCGGUGUGGUGCCUCAUUCAACAAUGCCUGCUACAACAGAAGAUUUACAAAGCAUGCUCAUGUCUCCGCCAUUGGAGUUAAGUCCGACAUCGCACCAACACUCCUCAACGCAUGUGUCAUCAUCUCUGCCUCAAAACCAGACGGCACAGUUGGGUAUGGGCAUUGCAGAUCUGUGGUCUGGUCACACAAACGACGCGGAAUUCGAUUUAUCACCAGAAGCAUCUUCACCAAAGGGCCAAACAACCAGCGAAGGACACAUAGGCACAGUGAGUGACAGCGCCUCCCCUGGACUUCAAAAUUCGGAGAGAUCUCGGUCAGAUGAAGCGAACAAAGAACGAGGUCCUCGCACACACAUCAAACCAGAACAGCUUUCAGUGCUCAUGAAUACGUUUCAAUGCAAUCCCAAGCCCCCCAAACAUGUUCAGGAAAGGGUUGCCAAGGAAACUGGCUUGACGAAGAGAGUGGUGCAAGUAUGGUUUCAGAAUAAAAGAUCUAAGGAGAAGAGAAUUCGCAUGAUGCAACGACUGCAGGUUUCUGAUCUAGCCUUGUACAACUUAAUGUCUGGCAACAUCCAUCCCAGUGUAUAUUUCAAUCGGGCAGCUGUUCUACCAUAUCUGUACGACCAGUACCACCUAGGUCAACAUAUGACUGCACCGGUGGAUGUGACGAACGAUUUUCAAACAUCUGAAUGUCCUCAGCCACAUGCCCAGCCGGCACAGCUCGAACAGCCAACAUUCAAUGGCCAUAGUGGAUUCGUGGACAACACUGCAACACUAGCUGAUGGUCGGCGCACCACCGUCAAUGAGGCGCAAACGAAACUGCCCCACCCGGCUGCAACACCACGAACGGCUCGACCACACUAUGCAAACAGAUCAUAGCAAAUAGGUUUAAGUGACAAAGCUGCUCACAGACUAGAUUCAUGCACAUGCCAUUUUUCUGAUCAAGCCCUGAACAAGUUUUGAAAUGUGAAAAAGUUUUUUUAAAUAUGUAUUCUAUCUACUUGAACAUGUAGCUAAUACACUCAAAAUCAUGUCACGAAGUUCAAAAGAAGCUUUCGAACAUGCGAGGAAUGAACUAUCAAUAUCAUAUUCUUAUAAUUUAUCCAUUCAAGAAAUUGUUGAAGAUCUUGAUUGACAAUAUUAAUAGUUACAGUUCGCAUGUCACUCAUGGAAGGAUCCAUGGGCUUAACAAUUGUAAAUGGCACAGUGAAUAUUUGUCAUUUUUAAAACCCCCAGAAAGUAUUCUAACAGUGUGGUGAUUUUGCAUUCCCAAACCAUACUCACAACUUUCCUAUAUUAUACUGUACAUGUACAUUGUAAGAGGUGUGAUCAACGCUGCAGGACACACUGAGUAGCCCUAUGGGUUCCCACGUCUUCAUUAACAAUAGUAUGCAAUUGGCACGAGUCA